CUCAAGCCAAACAUUGCCUGAGCCAGUUCCAAGUGAGGAAAAGGAAGGGCCACGAAAGGGGAAAAAAAAAAAAAAUCAUUUUCUUCGACUCUAUCUCCUCUCCUCUCCACUCGUACCCAUCCCCUUUGCUGUGAUCGUGACCCGUAAAUGAGAGCUAGGCUGCAAACGCAGCAGCAUCGAACAAUUUAAUGCGUACUACAUUUUCGCGCUGCUUAGGCCGCCGCCUCCUCCUCUUCCAUCACCGUCCAAGAAAACUCCAAGCUCAUAAAUAUCUCGCCCCUCUCUUGCCCCAACCCUCAAUUUAUUCCCAGCUCUUAUCCAACCAGCAACAACCGCGACAACAAAAUGAAAAGGACGAAGGAAACAAGCUCGGCCGCCGCUCCAGGGAUCGCGAGCCCUCGCUCCUGUUCCACGGGAAAUCCUACAGGGGCUUCUCGCCGUCCUCAUCGAGUGGAGCCGAUUCGUCUGCCCAUUUCAUGUCCUUCUCUCGCGAUUACUCUCUUAGAGUUGCCAAGAUUAAGAAGACUGAAUUUGAUGACACCAGUCAACGAGCAGUUUAUACCGCCCUAUGUUGCAACUUUCUGGUAUUCUCUCUUAAGUUUGGGGUCUGGUUUUCAACUUCCAGCCAUGUUAUGUUGGCUGAAGUUGUGCAUUCAGUUGCCGAUUUCGCAAACCAGGCACUUCUUGCGUAUGGUUUGAGUAGCUCAAGGCGUGCUCCUGAUGCUAUGCACCCUUAUGGUUAUUCGAAGGAAAGAUUUGUCUGGUCCUUGAUAUCUGCAGUCGGUAUCUUUUGCCUGGGUUCUGGCGCUACAGUUGUGCAUGGGUUUCAAAACUUGUGGACAUCGCAACCUCCUGAAAAUAUUCACUAUGCUGCUUUAGUGAUUGGCGGAUCAUUCCUAAUUGAAGGAGCUUCACUGCUGGUUGCUGUAAAUGCUGUAAAGAAGGGUGCAGCCGCGGAAGGAAUGACAGUCUGGGACUAUGUUUGGCGUGGUCAUGAUCCAACUUCUGUUGCUGUUAUGACUGAGGAUGGGGCUGCUGUGACAGGUCUUGCUAUCGCUGCAGCAUCAUUGGUUGCUGUUAAUACGACAGGAAAUGCAAUUUAUGACCCCAUUGGUUCCAUCAUAGUUGGUAACCUACUCGGAAUGGUUGCUAUAUUUCUCAUUCAAAGGAACCGGCAUGCUUUGAUUGGUCGAGCAAUUGAUGAUCAUGACAUGGAAAGAGUUCUCAAUUUCUUGAAAUCUGAUCCAGUUGUCGAUGCUUUGUAUGAUUGCAAAAGUGAGGUGAUUGGCCCUGGAUUCUUUAGGUUCAAAGCAGAAAUUGAUUUCAAUGGUGAGGUGUUGGUGCAAAACUAUUUGGAAAGAACCGGGCGUGGAGAAUGGGCCAUGCAGUUCCGAGAAGCUGCAAAAUGUAAGGAUGACUCUGCAUUACUCAAGGCUAUGGCGUGUUAUGGUGAGGACGUUGUUACGGCACUAGGGAGUGAAGUAGAUCGACUCGAAAGGGAGAUCCAACUGAUUGUUCCUGGGAUUAGGCAUGUCGAUAUCGAGGCACACAAUCCUGAAACACUUGCUGUGAAAUAACCAUUCUCUGCUAAUUAAAUGUAUUCGGUGAAACAAAAAAAUGGAGAGGUAUUAUUUUAUUUUAUUGCCAGUUAAAUACAGCAUCUCCAAAAUUUUCCUAUGAGAUGCUUUGCUUCUCUUUUGUUGUGGAGAAGCCAUUCAGUGACCUUGUAACAACGCACAGGCAUAUUGAAUCCAGGAAAUUAUCCUGUUCUUGUUGAUCCUAAAAUAUAAAGGCAACUAACAUUUGAUCGUA